AUGGGGAGGAGGCUGGACGUGCUGCUGGGGCGGACGACGAAGCAGACGGCGCGGCUCAAGUCGCUGCUGGGUCUGGCGGUGACGCGGCUCGGCGUGGUGCGGGGCCACCGCCAGGUGCGGUGCGGGCAGGCGCGCGGGGACGUGGAGCAGCUGCUCCGCCUCGGCCACACGGACCGCGCGCUGGACCGCGCGGAGCACGUCGUCCGGGAGCAGAACGCGCUGGACGUGCUCGCCGAGCUCGAGGCCUACUGCACCCUCAUCGUCGAGAGGGCCGCGCUCGUCGACGCGCACAGGGACUGCCCCGAGGAGCUGCGGGAGGCGGCGGCCGGGCUGGUCUACGCCGCCGCCAGGUGCGGGGACCUCCCGGAGCUGCAGGAGGUCCGGGGCAUCCUCGCCGCCAAGUUCGGCAGGGAGUUCGUCUCCGCGGCGUCCAACCUCCGCAGCGGAUGCGGGAUCAACGCCAAGAUCGUGCAGAAGCUGUCGACCAAGCAGCCGAGCCUGGAGAGCCGACAGUUGGUGCUACAGGAGAUCGCCGCCGAGAAAGGGAUCGCCGUGCGCAUCUACGAGCCGCCUCCCUACGAGGACUCGGGACAUUCCAACCACAACCACAGAAAGACAAAGCACGACGAUGACGAGAGGAUCCGCAGGACGCCACCAGUUGAUGACUGGGACGAAGACAUUUCCGGCGACUCGGCGCAGAGGUACAAGGACGUGGAAGCGGCAGCUCAGGCCGCGUUCGAGUCGGCCGCCUCGGCAGCAGCCGCCGCGAAGGCCGCCAUGGAACUCUCGCGGGGGGAGCCCAGGGGGCCGAGGACAGGGAGGAUGCAAAUGGAUCCUGAGAUCGAGAAACGGGAUGAGGUGCUUGAUGGGAAGAAAUCUGAGAAGAUUGGGCAUGACCGGAGUAACAGUUCAGAGGUUGAGACCAUGCCGGAGGACGAGGCAAAUCAUGGCAACGUUGCAGUGACCAAACUGAAACAGCGGGAGCCUGCCAGGGGAAAGCCAGCAUCGGUUAGAACAAAGUGGGGAUUUUAG